AAUGAUGUAAUCUUAAGAACAGAUACAGGCUCUCGAAAAUUUCGACUUCGCUUUUUUUUUUUUUGGUCUUGUUUGUACUCUUACGGCUCUCCGUACACAGGGACUCUUGUUUGGAAAUCAGCAAUGGCCGCCUCCAGUCAAGUAGGGGCGACGGCGACUCUUUCCAAAGCAGACUACCUGAAACGCUAUCUCUCUGGAGAUGGGGAGUCCAAAAAAACAAGAGAGAAGAAACUCAAGAAAAAGAGACCGAAACCGAGCGGCAAAGGGAUGAGAAUAGUCGAUGACGACGUGGACUGGAAACAGUUCAUGCAGAGCGAGGAGAAAGACAAGCCAGAUGAAGAGGAGGAAGAAGCUCCUGUGGUGGCCGAAGUUAUUGACGAGCGACCAGAUGAGGUGAAGAGGCUGGAGGAGUUCACAAACAGUAAUAAAUGGAAGACGGUGGGAGAUCGAAAUGAAGAUUCUCAAGAUUCCGAUCAUUCCCACGUUUCGCAUUUAACAGCAAGCUCAGGUGCUGCCUCUCAAAAGAGAACAGAAGACGUGUCCAGGAGAGGACUUGACCUCUCACCUGCCAGGAAAGGCCGGCACGAUUCUCCUGACCUCUCGCCUGCCAGGAAAGGCCGACACGAUUCUCCUGACCUCUCGCCUGCCAGGAAAGGCCGACACGAUUCUCCUGACCUCUCACCUGCCAGGAAAGGCCAGCAAGAUUCCCCUGACCUCUCAGCCCCAAGACGGAAACCUGCCUCGGCUGCAGAGAAGUCUCGUGGGCGUCGCGAUUCUCCGUCCGCUUCUCCCACACGCAGGAGGCGACACGACUCCUCGGAUCUUUCCCCUCCCAGGAACAGCCGGCAUGAUUCCGACUCCGAUCUCUCCCCGCCUCGCAAGAAGCAGAGCGGAAUAAGGGAUGCCUCCCCUCGCAGAAGGAAACACAAAGCAGCUCCUUCAACACAGCAGCGCCACGACUCCGAUUCAGACGUCUCCCCUCCUAGACAGAAAGCUCGGCGCUCCGACUCUGACCUGUCACCGCCAAGGCGACGCCCCCAGCAGGGAGGGAGGCAGGGCUCCGACUCUGACCUGUCACCACCAAGGCGACGCCCCCAGCAGGGAGGGAGGCGGGGCUCCGACUCUGACCUGUCACCACCCAGACGAAAUGCUCGCCCAUCCUCGGACAUGUCUCCCCCAUGCAGAGGAAACGGAGUCCAAGGAGCUAAUCAGAUGCUGUCUGGAGGGGCAGCGGGUCUUGUCUCAGUGGAGGUCCUGAGGAAGGAGCACGAGGAGAAUCGGAAACGCGAGAGGCAGAACAAGCCCCUGGAAGAUGCAUCCCGGAAUGCUCAGACAGUUUUCCGAGACAAGUCUGGGAAGAAGCGGGAUAUCGAGCUGGAGCGGAUUGAAAAGCAGAAGGCGGCGGGCGAGAAAGCAGAGAAGGAUGAGAAAUACGCGCAGUGGGGGAAAGGGCUGGUGCAGGGGGAUAUGCAGCAGCGCAACGUGGAGGACGCCGUGCUGGAGGCACAGAAGCCGCUGGCGAGACACAUAGACGAUGAGGACCUGGACAAGCUGCUGAGAGAGCAGGAGAGGGACGGGGACCCCAUGGCAGGGCUGCUCCGCAAGAAGAAGGAGAAAGAAGGGCAGAAGAAAGGCGUCAAAGAGAGACCAAAGUAUAAGGGACCACCGCCUCCUCCAAACAGGUUUAACAUCAUGCCUGGAUACCGCUGGGAUGGAGUCAACAGGUCUAAUGGUUUUGAGAAGCAGAGGUACAGCAGAAUGGCAGAUAAGAAAGCCGUGCAGGAAGUGGCCUACAAGUGGAGUGUGGAGGAUAUGUAAACCACGGCAACUGAUGUACAGAUUGGACUUUUCAAGAGAGCCCCAGUCCCUUUUACUUCAGCAAAAAAGAAACAAGGACCAACAGACACUGUUUAUUUUUUGUAUCUUUGUAUGCAGCUGCAUGGUCCCGUCACGCACUUUUCUGACCAGUGACGAAGAAAGCACAGGGGAUGCUGCUGAGCAGCGACAGGCUCAACGCUACGGCUCUGUGCGUUUGCAUUCACUGCCUAAAGCCGCAGUCCCAUCCUGAUGGGAAAACUGGACAAAGGCAGGACUCCAAACACUUUUAUUGAGAAUCAAUAAGCAUUUAAAAAAACUCAGUGUUGGCAGGGGUUGUUUCCUAUGUUCAAUCAGUUUUUUCAAGCCUCUCUAGAAAUGCCAAACCUUUUGAAGAUCCACACUUGCAGGCAUCCAAGCACCCAUACUGAUAUAUAAUUUACAAACUGCUACGUGAAUCUGAUUGCAUUGUAUCUGCCUGCUCGGUAGUGGUUCAUGAAUGCGCCACUUCAUCAAGGGGCUUGACCGUAACUUUUGGGCACUUGCUACAAAGGGGAGCAGAACUUCCGCAGUGCGUUUUAGUUUGGUAUUGUGGCGACAUGAAAAGUGCGUUAACUAUCUUUCAGUGGAAAUGUGUUAAGCCGAAGUCCAAAAAGGGUGUUAUUUAUUUUCAGAUGUUUAAAACAGGGCUGGAGUUUUGUACUGGACCUCUUGAGUUUGUAUAGAAAACGAUUAUGUAAGUACUGUCCCUGUGGCUUACCUCUUGUAUAGAUGCAGCAGUAUUUUUUUCUUUACACCAGCAUAUGUGUUUGCACUGGGCGGUUGUAUUUAUUCUGGGUUUUAUGGUGUCAGUUUGCUUGGCAGAACUGUUCUGUGUACAGAAAUGCAGCUGUCUGACUUGCUAGUGGUUUAAUCUAAUUCUGUAAAUCCCUGCACACACAGCUGUUGCUCUACCCCAUUGUAAUUCAUGUUUUAUGAACAAUACAUGUUUUGUUGGUUUUUAA